UUGCGUAGGAAAGCAUGCCACGGGAUUACGUGUCCCAUUUUGCCGUUUAGAGUUUGUCCUAAAGUCCAAGGUCUCCUCUUUCAUUUCGAUUUUUCGUGCCAAAAUCCUCAACUUUCAAUUUUCAAAACCCUAAUGCACAGAAGGAAAAAAAAAAAAAAAUCUGUCAGUUUCAAUUUCUCUCUUUCUUUUGCUUGUUGGUUCGACUACAGCAGGCGCAGUUCUCCAACUCAGAGAGCAGAAUUAAAUGAGGGGAGAGGGGGCUUCGAGGAAUUACUCUAUGCCUAGAGGUCAUUCUGGGAAGAAAGGAAUGAGAAGUUGCCAGAUAGGAGGGAAUUUCGACAAUGUUGUUAUUAUUGAUGUUGACAGUGGUUUUGAUAAUGUUAUUAUCAUUGAUAUUCCCGAGUCUUUACAGCAAAAGUCAAGAGGCUCGAGUGUGCUUAAAGAAGGCAAAACAUUUCCGAUUCAGGGGAUUAUAAGCAUUGAUGACGAUGAUGAACGUGAUUUUGUGGAACAUCCUGAACUUAAUUUGAAAAAUGGUGUUGGCUCGGAUAACAGUGAGACUCCAAGCAAAAAUAAACCUGCCACUGACUGUAUGAAGAAAUCUGAAGAUGUGGAUGCUGAUGAUUGCCAAGUGGUCCUGGAAAAGAGACCUGCGUUCAAAUUAUCUAAGUGCAAGAAAACUUAUACCAAGAAAUCUCCCCCUAGAAAUCGUUAUGGCUUGAAUUCUGAUUCUGAGAGUGAUUCAUCUGAAAGCAGUUCCUCAGAUUUUGAAGUUAUGGAAGGUUCUUCCUGUGACCUUCGUGAUCAGUGGGAAAAAGCUUCCUUAAAUAGGAAAUCAAAUAACUAUGAUAAGGGCCAUUCUGGCCCAGAGGAUCAGGCAAGUCCCAGCAGUUCCACAAAUGAUACUCAUACAAACGUUGGUGUGGAAAACAGGACUAAACAAAAUCCAGAACCCCCUGUCUCCCAUUCAGAAAAUGUAAAUUUUCAGGAUGUAGUUUCAUCUAAAUUUAGAGCUACUAAAGAUGGGUUUUCAGAUGGUGGUUUCAAUCCCUGGAUGGAAUAUUCUUUUGCAAAAUCUCGUCAAAAUAUUAACAAGGAAAAUUUUUCGUGUUGGUGGAAAUCAGAGUCAAGAGAGAAUACUGGCUUUCGCAGGAAAGCUGGGAUUCACUCUGGAGGAGAGACAUAUGUGGAAGAUCGGGAUGUUUGUUAUGACGAGUGUCAAAGUGGGAAUGGAUAUGGCAUUAGAAUUCAGAAUGAAAGAAAAGGCCCUCCUGGACCUCCUCCAUGGUCCAUUUAUAAAGGGGAAAAUAAUCAGUGUCCUGACACAAGUUGUUUUCAGCAUAGUGAACAAAAAAUGGCUGGAGAGCGUUCUUUUCCAAGUUCCCAGGUAAAGCAUAAUGUAGAAUCCAACUGUAAGAGUGCUACUAUUCCAGAUGUAGAUGCUUCUUUCUACUGGAGUCAGGGUGAAAUUCACAGUGAUGAUCACACAAGAGUUGUCUCCAUGGAGAAAGAUAGCAAAUUAACCUGUGAAGCGUCUAGCUUUGAACAAUCUAAAAGUAUUGCUUCCAAAGAGAAAGAUAAACUAGUAUCUGGGACUUUGCUUCCUGUACAAGAAACAAAUCCGCUUACUACAUCCACUUCUAACAUUCCAAGUUACAAUGGGAAGGAUCCAUCAUAUGCUCCUUCUGAUGAUGCUAUUGCUCCUAUUCAAGGAGAUAUUAUCAAUGAGCGAGAAAAGCUCAAGGAGACUGAAGCAUACAAGCGAGCCAUAGAAGAAGAAUGGGCAGCCAGGCAGCGAGAACUACAAAUUCAGGCAGAAGAGGCGCAGAGAUUGCGGAAGAGAAAAAAAGCUGAAAGUUUGCGUAUUUUAGACAUGGAGAAACGGCAAAGGCAGCGUGUUGAAGAAGUGAGAGAGACACAAAGGAAGGAUGAGGAAAAUUUGAACAUAAAGGAGAUUCUUCGUGCUGAAGUGAGGAAGGAGCUUUGCCAAAUGGAAAAUACAUGCAUUGACAUGGCUUCAUUACUUCGUGGCUUGGGUAUCCAAGUAGGAGGUGGAUUCCAUCCCUUGUCCCAUGAGGUGCAUGCUGCUUAUAAGCGAGCCUUGUUGAAGUUUCAUCCUGAUCGCGCAUCAAAAAUUGACAUUCGUCAACAGGUUGAGGCUGAGGAAAAGUUUAAGCUUAUUUCUCGCAUGAAGGAGAAAUUUUUAUCCACUUCAUGUCACUGAGUGCUAACAGAAGGUUAAUAUACCAUUUUUUGAUUUAGAUUUAAUUUGGUGGGAAUUUGUUGUAGCUACUGCUGCUACCAUUAGAAGUGUUUAUAUUGUGGGUAACAUUUUUUCGGCUGUCUCACUCACCAGGUGGGCAGAUCAUAUUUGUAAAGCAGUUAUCAUUUGUUGUUACAGAAGUAAUCAUCAUCUGAAAAUGUUCUCCUCCGAGAAGUUCUGAUUUGUACCAUCUGGGUUAAACGGGUGUAUGAGGUAGGGGGAGCUGUCCGAUUUCCAGCAGUUGGUAUUACACUUGUGCAGUCCAAAUGAUAGAUUGACCUUCUAAAGUGAAUGAAAUUAUCCUUGCCUUUUUGGCAAAAUCUGCCCUUU